UAGAAGAACGUUUGCCAUUAUGUACCUUCCUCUGAGGUUAGAGAGUGUGAAACCAGUGGGUUUCAUGGCUGGGAUGGGAAUCGAACCCAAGUCUCUGGUUUCACACCACUUUAACUGCCAUAGCUCAAUGUUGUAAAAUUAUGUGAUUUGUAGUUUGUUGUGCACCAGAACAGAGCCACAACAAAACUUAAGAACCAAGUUAGGAAAAGGGGAUCCUUUGAAGCAGAGAAAGUCCUGGAAGCCUGACGUUUUACCAUGUACUUCCCUAAAUCAAUCUCCUUCCCUUAUUAUGGCCUCUACUUAUGCUAAACCCAGAGAAAUAACUCUAGUUCCCAGCAUACAGAGCAUGUGAUGUGAGUGAUGGCAUGGAGGGUGGAUUGUAUCCAAAAUGGGUAGAAAAUUAUUCUGUUAUGGGCCAAUGAGCCAGCAGUUUACCCUUUAAUUUUAAGGAUUUUCUUCCAGCUCAAAGAAUUCAUUCUCACUUCCAAGCAGAAAAGCAGAACAAGCCCUUCUCUUGUGAUCAUGGCUCAGUGGGCUCUGUCCAGCCUUCUUGGAUUCUCAGUCUUUUGGACCUUGCUGAGUUCAUAUCAUGCCUUUCCAACUGGCGCGCCUUCAGCCGCCUGUGAAAAUAUGUUGCCUUUGCACACAGGGACAGAGCCCCAGCCAUCUCCGGCCCCCUAUGAAUUCCUGGUUAAUACACCUUCUUUCCUAAAUGGUCAGCCAAUUCAUGUUCAGAUCCUGGGGUCUGCAUACAGAGGAUUGCUAUUGGAGGCUCGGACAUUUGGUUCCCCUGCCACACUGGGCUCUUGGCAAACUCCACCCAACAAUACUAAAUUAUUAGAGUGUUCUGGGAACCCAAAUGGUGCAGUUACUCAUUCCAACACCAAUUUAAAAACAAGACAGACUACUUAUACAUGGCUUCCACCCGACACCAACUGUCCUAAAGUUGUUAUAUUUGAAGCAACAGUUGCCCAAUCUCAUGACAUCUACUGGACCAACGUGAAAUCCAAAGUGAUCUGGAGAAAUGCCAAAGCAACAUGUGGAGGAGGGCCGUUUGCAAACACUGCAUCUGGAGUUGUGGUGCUCUUCUGUCUGCUCCUGAAUUUGCUUGGAUGCAAUUAGAAACAACUUGAAAGCAUACAACAACAACAAUUAGAAACCAGCAUGCAGAGCUGUACUUAGUUAUUAAUAAAUCUAGAGAUUGCCAGUUUAGAACAUACCCCCCAAAGCUUUGCUGCCACAAUAAUUACAAUUAAUGUUCUUCAAAAGUCAUGUUUCCUGUUGUAACUAAAAUCUGCAAUUUUUCUGCUUUCUCUAUAUAUUAUUAAAAUAUUCUAUAAUCCAUGAACUAGAAAGAAGAAAAGUGGGGCAUUCUACAAAUGUAACUACACUGCAAGUAAGGGGGAACCAGUAAUUUACUACCAGGACAGUUCCCACAUUGUACUGUAUCUACCGCCUUCAAAAGUAUGAAUAAACUAUAGCAGAACUUGAACACUGGCUCAUUAUUUUGUAAUCGUAGGUUUCUGCCUCCUUCCUUAGUUAUCACAGCUAUGUUUUGAUGCUAAAUGAAUAUAACUUUCACCAUCUUAGAUCUGUGAGCUCAGCUUAAUGAGAAAUUAGGGAUGACAUUGGUAGCUGUAGAAUGGAAAACCAUGCAUGCUUCCAAAUGUUUCUGUACUGAAUCUCCCAGUAUUCUUUCCCAUGGAUUAUUAAAGAUGAAAGCCUCAAAGAAAGUUAAAUGAUUGUAUAUAGUACCUGGACUUAACAUAGUUCUA